AUGGCGAUGGAGGAGGGAGCCCUGUUGGAUUUGGGCCCCGCGAUCCAGGCCAGGCCAAAGCCAGAGGUGACCUUGGACGUGGAAACGGAGGAGCAGGGAGAAGAGACAGACGUGCCCGCCGAGGAGGAGAUGGCAGGAUGGGAAGAGACCUCAGAUUCCAGGGCAGGAGCGAAGGGCAGGGAACGCGCUGGGGCCUCCCAGACUGGAAGCACCAGGGCUUUUCUGAUAAGGUCUCCAAGAGACUUGAUUAAAGAAGAGUUGGACCUGGAGGGCUUUCCCCUUUCUGAGGACACUCAGUGGAAAGACUUCCUUAAGACGGUGGUGACUCCUGGACUUGGGUGCUCAAGCCUACAAGAGCUGAGCUCGUCUCUCCAGGCCUCUUCAGCAAUACUUCCGGCCUCUGGGCAGAUGAAGGCCAGAGACACCCGGCGCUUCACAGAAGAACGGGCGACCCAAACCCAGCCCGAUUUCGGCGGGGAAUCCCAAGGGCCCCACCGAGACCUGAAAUCCUCCGAGCCGUUGAAAGAAUGGUUUCCGGAGGCAGAGACUGUCGUCCUGGAGAUUCAGCGCCAGCACUUCCGCCAGUUCCUCUACCAGGAGGCUAGGGGUCCCCGUGAGGCCUGCAGCCGCCUCUGGUUCCUCUGCUGCCGGUGGCUGAAGCCGGAGAGGCACACCAAGGAGCAGAUCCUGGAGCUGCUGGUCCUGGAGCAGUUCCUGACCAUCCUGCCCCCGGAGAUCCAGAGUUGGGUGGUGGAGGGUUGCCCCCAAACCUGUGCCCAGGCAGUGGCUCUGGCCGAGGGCUUCCAGCAGAAGGAAUGGGUACGUGAGAUGCUGGGUGAGCAGGUGUCAAAGAAAGAGCCAGCCCUGAAUUUUUCUGGGUCCAAGCAGGAGUCCUUGGCUUGUCAACAGGGAGAUGACAAUGGACUUUCCCCCAUCCAAGGUGAAUCCUUGAGGAGCGCCAAUAAAGCCACCGAUCCACCAGAAGUUUCAGGAGAAGGCACCAAUGGAAUAGUGAAAGGGAACUUGGGCGCGAAGGAUUCCCAGAGCGGUGAUCUGCAAGACGUUCCCAGAAUUUGGAAGGGAUUUGAAGGAGAGCAUUCUCCAGAGAAGAACAUCGGGAAGGCCAUUCUUGGUGAGGGCGCUGAGAUUGUCGGAGAAAACACAGAUCUGAAGAGAAUCCAUCAAGUGAAGAGCGAGGCUGCCGGAGUAGCUGACCGUAACUCAGAUAUCAUUGAAUUUCAGGUGACCCACACAGGGAACAUGCCUUAUAAAUGUCCGGAUUGCGGGAAGAGUUUUAAUUACAGCACCAGUCUGGUUAGACACCAGAGAAUCCACACCGGAGAAAAACCGUACAAAUGUCUGGAUUGCGGCAAAUGUUUCUGCCAGAGCUCGGGCCUCACAAUUCACCAGAGAAUCCACGCCGGGGAGAAGGCCUACCAGUGCCUGGAUUGCGGGAAAAAUUUCCGGGUGAAGUCGCACUUGAUUAGGCACUCCAUCAUCCACAAGGGGGAGAAGCCGUACAAGUGUCCGGAAUGCGGCGUCAGCUUCUGCGAACGAUCGGAGCUUCGAAUCCACCAGAGGAUCCACACGGGAGAAAAACCCUACCACUGUGCCGACUGCGGGAAAAACUUUUGCCGGAAGGCGGAUCUGACGCUCCACCAGAGGAUCCACACCGGGGAGAUGCCUUACACAUGCUUGGAAUGUGGGAAAGGGUUUCGCUGGAGCUCCAACCUAAUCACGCACCAGAAAACCCACACCGGUGUGAAGCCGUUUGAGUGCGCCGAGUGCGGGAAGAGCUACUACUCUAACAUGAGUCUCAUUCGGCACCAGCGGGUCCACACCGGGGGCACCCCGUAUAUCUGUUCGGACUGCGGGAAAAGUUUCUGCGACAGCACCAGUCUCACCAGGCACCAGAAGAUCCACACGGGGGAAAAACCGUACGUCUGCCUGGAUUGCGGGAAAAGCUUCAACCAAUCAUCACACCUCAUCCGGCACCAACGGAUCCACACCGGAGAGAAUCUGUUUAAGUGCCCGGAAUGUGGCAAAAACUUCUGUGUGACUUCGGACCUCGCUGCGCACGUGCGAAUCCACACCGGCCACAAACCCUACAAAUGCCUGGACUGUGGGAAGAGUUUCACCCAGAAGCAGCACCUGACCAGCCACCGGCGGACUCACACGGGCGAAAAACCCUACGUGUGCGCGCACUGCGGCAAAGGCUUCAGUGUGAGCUCCAACCUCAACACCCACGAGCGGACCCACACGGGAGUCAGGCCCUUUCAGUGCUCCGAAUGUGGGAAACGCUUCAAACAAAAAUCACAUCUCACCGUCCACCAGAGACACCACACAGGGGAGAGGCCUUAUUCAUGUGUUGAUUGUGGGAAAGGUUUCGGAUCCAGCUCAAAUCUUGUGGCCCACAUGUGGACCCACGUUGGAGACAAAGUUUAG